GUAAAAUUGUGGAUGGUAUGAAAUCAACAUUUGCUUACAAAUAAAACAUAAAACCCAAACCUGUAUGGACCAUAAAUAAUGGGUAUGGGUAUGGAAAUGAGGGAUCAUUUCACUGACUGUUAUAGUAUUUUCCAAAAUCGUAGAGAUGGGUUUAGUUGGUGUUGGGAGUGCCGCACAAUCUCAGAUUCUGGCUGUGCGAAGUGGUUAUUCAUCAAAAUUCAUGGAACUAAGGUGGGUAAGAAGAAAGGAAAGAAGUGGAAGCAACUUGAAUUUAAAACCAUCUAUAUCAAUGAUACCCAUAUAUAUAUCCACAAACCCAUCACACAUAAAUCUUCAAGACCUCAAACAACUCUAUACAAGCUGCAACCAUUCCUGCCACAGAUUUCCAAAGUUGGACCCAAAAGGGGGUAAAGUUGAAGAAGCAGUUGACAUUGAUAAGCUCAGCGUUGCUCUCUCUCACAGUCCCGUGCUUGUCUCCCUCUUUUCCAGAAAUCUCCAUCUUGAAUCUUCCAACCAAAUGUUUAAAAACUUUAUGCAAAGAAUGAUGCCAGUCACUCCAUCCAAUGGCCAGCUUGUGGGCUUUGGACGUGCCGUUUCCGAUGCGGGAUUAACUGCUUCUAUACACGAUGUCAUGGUUAUCCCUUCGUUGCGAGGAAUGGGAAUUGGGAGGCUGAUAGUUAAACGAAUUAUAAGAAUGCUCACAAGUAGAGACAUUUAUGACAUAGCAGCCCUUUGCUCACAGGAGGAGAGGUUAUUCUUUGAAGCAUGUGGAUUUGGUGAUGACAUUUUGAGCUCUACUACCAUGAUGUAUACAAAGAAUGUAGCAACUCAUGAUGGAGGCGACCACAUGGUUAGACGUGCAGGUAGAAAGCUACUGUUAGUUCCUCCAUUGAGAGAGCCCUGGCCAUAUUUGAAGCCAAUCAGUUCCAAAAGUUGAUUCAUACUGUACUUUCAGCCA